AUGGCCGGAUGUUUAGUCUCACUUUCAGAAGAAGACAAUGCCGUUUUGAAUGUUAUAAGAAGUGGUAUUAUAUCAGGCCAUGCAAUUUUUACAUUACCAGAUGUUUCAAGUGAAUAUCCACACGGCGCUGCUCCUGAAGUAUCAGGAAAAGAAUUUCGAAAUGCAAUUAAUUUAGCGAUUAUGAAAGUUCAAGCACAAGGAAUAGAGUUUGAUCUAGCUGCGAAAUAUCAAGAGAAUAUAGUUGAUGUGAGAACCUGUAAAAUUGACAAUACCGAUGAAUUUCCUAUUCCAAAUCGUGCCGAAGCCACAGGAUUACUAAAAACUGUAUUAGAAAAAGGUAUUAUACCGAUAGGUACUUUUGGAGAUUUAAACAGUACCGAUUCCGACGAUUCCGACGAAGGCGACGAAGAGUUUCCAUUUCAUUCAGCAUAUUUAGAUGCGAUCUUAGACCAAUUUGCGAAAUUGAGUGGACCCGACCGUAUUGCUUACGGAAAACCAAAUGUUCAACGACUUUAUGCACGGUCAUCAACUGCAAAUUUACUAAGAGGACGUGUCUAUAUGUCAGAGCCAUAUUUUGUUAUUGACAAUGUAUAUAGUGGUUCAAAAGAGCGUUGUACAAGUGAUUCAGAUUGUGUAAGAGCAAAUACGGUAAGUGGCUAUGAAAGUUGCAAAAACAAUACAUGCGUAGGAUAUACUCGUCCAGUUAGUGAAGUAUUCAAAUUAAGUUGUUUAACAUAUGGAACAGAAAGUUUAUUUAUUACCAACAAAAUUAGUAUCGAACAGAUUAUGGUAAAUGAAUCUAAUACCAAGGUAUCUGGCGGUGUGCUGGCUGCACUUAUCUUACUUGCAGUUUCUUUAACGGGAGCAAUUAUGCUUCUCGGUUUGAUGGCUCUUAGAGAAAGAAGAGGAACACCUCUAUUUGAUUCACGUAUCUUGCUACGAAAUGAACAAUAA